AUGAAUGUGAGCCGCCUGAUCUCGGACCUGAUUCCGUUCUGGCGCACCCCUCUACCGCGGUCGUCUCCAGCCACACCGGACUUGGCCUUUAGUCCAUCACCGCAGCCUCUAAGCGACCUGCAAGAAAGCCUGACAGCGCUGAGAAGGCGGGUCGAUCGCCUGGAGAUAGAGUUGCAGGGCCUAGAGAGACAGGGCAUGUCCUCCUACUCACAACAGGAUAGGCGUGCCAACUCGCAAUAUCCAACGCAUUCAGCUCCUACCGGGGAAGUGAGCGAUGGUCUUCUGUUGUCGGAUGAAGCCCGUGUUCGUGAUGGAUCAUAUCGUGGUGACGGAGUUCAAGGUGGCCGCGAAAAGAGGGAAUUUAGCGAGAACGAUUCUCGCCCCUCCACCUCACGUGGGCGUCGCAAUAGUGUGGUGUCCACGCAUCCAGAUUCCGACAUGACAGAUACCACCAACCCUGACUUGGCCGAGAAACGCUCAAAGCCCGGUGCCACGACGUGCAGAAACACUCGCAAGGUGACCCCAAGGCCACCCGAAUCAAACGAGCGUGAUGCCGACGGUAUUCCGACUGCCGGCUCACCAGAGGUUUCAUUGAGGGGCAACACCGACAGAUUGACGAAGCAGUCCCUCGGGCGAAGCAAAAGCAAAAGCAUAGUGCGGGAAGUACAACGCCGGAUUCGAUUUCGCCAAAAGCGUGCUCGACGGAAUAGGAACUUAGACAAGACCUCGGUUAUCCUAUCCUUACGAGGGAGUGUCAAGUGUUCGCAGUGCCGGCGCAAGGUUCGCCCUAGUAAGGCUUUCGUGCGAGCCAAGUCUCGAACGCCAAAGCAGCGCGGAUCGAAACAGGCGAUAUCGCCCACGAUCUAG